CCUCUGAGCUCACUGUCAGGUGACAUGGCCCUGAGCUGCACAGGGAGAGGGUGAGCGUGUCCCUGCUGAUCUGAGCUCUGCAGGCCACAGGGACCCACAUCUUCCUGAAGCAUCUCCAGGGCCUGGGUGGCACUGUCCAUGGCUGCUGAUGUGACAACCCUGUGACAGGAAGGACCGGCCUCCAAGUGACCGCCACCCGUGUGUCUGUCUGUCCAUUCCGCUGGCCCCGUGGCCUCCUCCAUCUGCUCAGCUGAGGCCUCUGGGAGAAGACGCCAUGACUCCCACCCUCAGGGCCCUGCUUUGCCUCGGGCUGAGUGUGGGCCUCAGGACCCCAGUGCAGGCAGGGCCCCUCCCCAAGCCCACCCUCUGGGCUGAGCCAGGCCCUGUGAUCCCCCGGGGGAGCCCCGUGACCAUCUGGUGUCAGGGGACCCCAGGGGCUGAGGAGUACCGUCUGGAGAAAGAAGGAAUCCCAGUGGUCUGGGACAGACAGAAGCCACAGGAGCCCGGGGACAAGGCCAAUUUCUCCAUCACACACAUGACAGAGUAUGAGGCAAGGACAUAUCGCUGUUACUAUCACAGCCCUACUAACUUGUCAGAGCGCAGUGACCCCCUGGAGCUGGUGGUGACAGGAUUUUACAGCAAACCCAGCCUCUCAGCCCUGCCCAGCCCUGUCGUGACCUCAGGAGGGAACGUGACCCUCCAGUGUGGCUCAAGGCAGGGAUUUCACAGGUUCAUUCUGACUAAGGAAGGAGAUCACCGGCUCUCCUGGACCCUGGGUUCACAGCAACAGCCCAGUGGUCAGUACCAGGCCCUGUUCCCUGUGGGUCCUGUGACCCCCAUUCACAGGGGGACGUUCAGAUGCUAUGGCUGUUCCAGGUACAGCCCCCAGGUGUGGUCACACCCCAGUGACCCCCUGGAGCUCCUGGUCUCAGGGCCCUUCCCCAAGCCCACCCUCUGGGCUGAGCCAGGCCGUGUGAUCCCCCGGGGGAGCCCCGUGACCAUCUGGUGUCAGGGGACCCCAGGGACUGAGGAGUACCGUCUGGAGAAAGAAGGAAGCCCAGCACCAUGGAAAAGACAGAAGCCACGGGAACCAGGGGACAAGGCCAAUUUCUCCAUCACACACAUGACAGAGUAUGAUGCAAGGACAUAUCGCUGUUACUAUCACAGCCCCACUGGCUGGUCAGAGCCCAGUGACCCCCUGGAGCUGGUGGUGACAGGAUUCUACAGCAAACCCAGCCUCUCAGCCCUGCCCAGCCCUGUAGUGCCCUCAGGAAGGAAUGUGACCCUCCAGUGUGGCUCAGGGCAGGGAUUUGGCAGGUUCCUUCUGACUAAGGAAGGAGAUCACAGGCUCUCCUGGACCCUGGACUUACACAUUUACCCCAAUGGGCAGUCCCAGGCCCUGUUCCCCGUGGGCCCCGUGAACCACAGCCACAGGUGGAUAUUCAGAUGCUAUGGCUGUUCCAGGAACAGCCCCCAUGUGUGCUCACAACCCAGUGAUGCCCUGGAGCUCCUGGUCCCAGGACACCUGCUUGACAGACCCUCCCUCUCGGUGCAGCCAGGCCCCAGGGUGGCCUCAGGAGAGAACGUGACCCUGCUGUGUCAGUCACGGAGCCCGAGGGACAUGUUCCUUCUGUCCAAGGAGGGGACAGCCGGUCCCCCCAUGCGUCUUACAUCAAAGUACCGAGCUCAGCAGUCCCAGGCAGAGUUCUCCAUGAGUCCUGUGACCUCAGCCCACGGGGGCACCUACAGGUGCUACAGCUCACUCAGCACCUCCCCCUUCCUGCUGUCACUCCCCAGUGAGCCCCUGGAGCUCCUGGUCUCAGGUGAGUCUGGGAAGCCCUCUCUCCUGACCCAGCAGGGCCCCAUCGUGGCCUUUGGACAGAGCCUGACCCUCCAGUGUCGCUCUGAUGUCGGCUAUGACAGAUUUGCUCUUCACAAGGAGGGGAGACGGGACCUCCCCCAGAGCCUUGUCCUGCAGCCCCAAGCUCACUUCUCCAUGGACACUGUGAGCAGCUCCCACGGGGGCCGGUACAGAUGCUACGGUGGAUACAACCUCUCCUCUGAGUGGUCGGCCCCCAGUGACCCCCUGGACAUUCUGGUGGCAGGAUGGCUGUCUGACAGGCCCUCCCUCUCGGUGCAGCCAGGCCCCAGGGCGGCCUCAGGAGAGAACGUGACCCUGCUGUGUCAGUCACGGAGCCUGAGGGACACGUUCCUUCUGUCCAAGGAGGGGGCAUAUCCCCCCCUCCUGCGUCUGAGAUCAAAGCAUCCAGCUCAGCAGUUCCAGGCAGAGUUCUCCAUGAGUCCUGUGACCUCAGCCCACGGGGGCACCUACAGGUGCUACAGCUCACACAGCUCCAUCCCUUACCUGCUGUCACUCCCCAGUGAGCCCCUGCAGCUCCUCGUCUCAGGAGCAGCCGACACCACCAGCCCCUCACAGAACAACUCAGACCCCAAGAGUGCCUCCCACCCACAAGACUACACCAUGGAGAAUUCCAUCCGGAUGGGCGUGGCAGGAUUGGUCCUGUUGGUGCUCGGGGUGCUGCUCUUUUGGUCUCGAAACAGCCAGAUAAAGACCCAGGAAGCAGCCAGGACAUGAACAUGGAGGGAACAAUGCACGGUUCAGAGAGGAGGAUCUUGGGAAGGUUCUGGAAGAUAAUGUGGAACAUAUGCUGAGAGACCUGUCUGGGACUCCUUGCAGUUGGAGGAGUCAUCGCUCAUGUGCCGGGACUAGUUCUGGACCUUCUGCCCUUGAACUGUGGUCCUUUCCCUCCCGACCACUGUGAGUCCUGUGACUGGUUCCUGACUUUCCCCAUUUUGGUGAAAUUAGCAUUUAUCCCACAUGGCAGGUACAGGCCCACACCUCCCUAUACUUUCAUGGAAUAUGUUUUCCUUUAUUUCUAACCACAUGAACCUUCAUGUCAGUAUAGAGUCCCCAUCUCCUGAGUCCAGAGUGUGCAAUCUAUUGUAGCCAUCUACAAGGUGCACAAUCCAUCCUGCAAGAGGUAAACCCACAGGAGGUCCUAAUGCCCUCUCUGGACUCCACACGCCCCUCACCUGGCCUCGGAGGCCACCGCUGUGCUUUCCACAUAAACUUCACCCCUUGGGAUCCAGACAUGGUUGUUUGAAGGGGUCGCCUGGUCUGCGCUGCCUCUGAAAACCCCAAUGUCCAAAUCACAGUGCAAGACAUAGAAGACAUGUUACAGAUGUGCAUCCUUGAAACCUAUGUCCUGUUAUUCACCGAUG